UUGACAUUUGACAUUUUAUUUUAGUUUGACAAAUGUAUUGUAGGCAGUGGAUGUGUUUAUGUGUUUUGUGAAUUGGUAAAAGUCACAUAAAUUUAAAGGUUUUGAUUACUUUUGUCAGAACUUGAAUUUUAAUAAAAUUGUGUUCGUGUUAAAUAAUGCUCAAAAUUGUUCCAAGUUGUUCCACUUAAGUGUGACCCUAUUAACCUAUCGCCAAGCUCUCGGUUAAUUGAGCAUGAUUAAGAAAAGUUUCACACUUCCAGUAAUAGUAACCAUCAUGUAAUGAAACAAUUCGAACAUUAAGUUAAUUAAGUCAUGCUUAACCUCAACAUUACAAAAAUGUAAAAUACCUAGGGAUAAAGACAUGUGGACAGUAGUUAUUUCAGGGUGUGUGUCAUUUUCAUUGGUAAUGUCGUUGGCGUUUUGUCUUUGCUGGAGGAAGAAGUCGCCUAAAAAUGACUUGUUAGGGCUUGAUGGCAUGGUCAUUCAAAAAAACCCUGACGAAAAUGUUAAUCACUUGCCCUCUGCUGCACCAUGUGUUGUUGACGGCCUAAAUGCUAGUGCACACAGUGCUGACUUUAACGAUUCUAAUAAUAAAAGAAACAUUCCUGCCAAUAAUACACGAAGAAGUCUCCCCGAUAUUCCCUCAGAACAAGGGAUUGCGCUUGCUAAUUGGGAACCUAUAGGUGAUAAUUCUUCAGAACAUUACGCCACAGUUGGGCAAUAUCAAAAUGCAAAGCGUCAUACGCUACAGAACGGUGUUGAACCCCGUCCUAGCCUGUCUCAACACAGUUCGAUAACUCAAGCCGACGAUAAUUCAUCACCUUAUGAAAAGGUGAAAUAUGACAAAAUCAAAUCAAAAGAACACCCUUAUGCACAAUUGCAGCCGACGACAAGCCGACAGGCAGCUUUAGAAGAAAAUAAAUUGCUUGGUGAAGAAAGAACAACUUUGUUGAGACCUAGUGGAUCGAGUACCUCAUCAGAACCAUCAGCACCCCCACGAUCACGAAGAUCAUCCGCCCACAGUGGACUAGGGGUUGAUAUUCCGGCAGCUUCAGCGGUGGCUGGAGGUAUUGCUGCUAGUCCAGAAUUGCCUUAUAUGACUCCGCCCGUAACGCAGGCUAAUUUUAGCGGGGAUUCACAGGACUCUUCGAAGGGUUACACUAGCAUUAGUGUAAGAGAGCCAUUAGCUAAUAUUAUAGCGCAAACAAAAGAAAUGAACAAAAAGAGGGAUUUAGACCAGCAUUAUUCCACGGUGUCUGAUGAUUCAGAUGAUGUUUAUACGACGAUACCCGACCCUAACAACCAAAUCUACACGAGUGAAAGCGAAACCUACGCCCGAAUCCCUGCUCAUCCUAUAACCGUCGAGGCCGAAGUCAAUCCAACCCCUCGAAAUCGCGAAGGCGACGAAUUUUACGAACCAGCACCCCAACCACCGCCUCCUAGUGUAACUAGUUUGAAACAAGUAGCUGGUCAUUCUCAUUCCCGCCAAGCCUCCUCGUCAAGCUCCAUAGCUAAUAUUGGAUCCCCUAAACCGGAAAAACGUCAAGCGAACUCACCCUUACCUCCACCACCUGGUUCUAGUUUUGAUUUUCCGCGAAAUUUGGAUGAUCUCUACGCCAAAGUACACAAAAACAAGAAGAAGGAAGAUUCUGAUGGCGAGAAGACUCCUGAGAAGGCGAAAAGGAGUGGGGAUAAUACGAGUCGAAAGUCAGUGUCGAGUUGCAGUUCUUCUGAAGAAAAGAAGUUCCAUUCGGUACAGGGACAUCAAGAACACAAUUAUGAAACUUUACGGAAGUUGAAUAAGGAUUGUAGUGAUCCUGGAUAUGAGAAAAUUAGGCAUGAGGAACCAGGAUAUGCCAGUAUUAACGGGCCUGAGAGUAUAACGAGCUCAGAUCCGGGCUACGAAGUUUUAAAACAGAGGCCUCCCUCGGAACUAGACCCCAACUAUGAAGAAUUACAACAUCGAAGUUCAAACGCCAGUGAUUCCGGUUAUUCGAAAGUCAAGGACAGCGACGGUUAUUCGGUCGUUAAUAAACAAAAGAGUGACGAUAAAUCGAGGACGUCAAGCAGUUACGGUAGUAAUUCGCAAGAUUUUAGUUUAGAUGAACCAAAUUAUGAGAGUAUGCCGAGUGAAUCCUUGUCUUCCGAACAUAACUACGCAGCUCUAAAGUCGGGUGGAAGCGAAUCGGAUCCGAAUUACGAAUCGGUGAAUCAAAGUGAUCCGAACUAUGAGAGUGUGAGGGAUUUGGAAGAGCCUCCGUAUGAAAAAUUAAACGAUGGUGAUUCGAGUAAGGCGGAUUCGGAUAUUCAAGGGUAUGAGAAAGUCAUUGGGCGCGGGUAUGAGAAUAUUGACACUUCGGAGAGUUCCAAUGGAGCUGGGGAUACGAAAUCUCAAAAAUCUGGGCCGCCGUAUGAACAUCUGAAUAACGAUACUGAUUCGGAAGUGCCUGGGUAUGAACGCAUCAAAAGUAAGGAAAAUGCGUCAUCCAGCAUUGACUCGAGUAGUUCGGGGAAAAGUGAGCCGGCUAAAGGGGAUAAAGGGUCGAGUAUACUUGAAGAAGAUGCAAUUUUUCAAGUCUAAAAAUCGUGCCUACAAUCUGGUGCUAAACAAGUUUAUACCAAUUAAUUAUUUUCAAACAGUGAUAUAAUUACUUAGAUUAAUCUUCUUUUUAGAUUCGAAACUAAUUCAAAGUAGAGAUUUUUCUUUUAUAGAAAUUCUAUUUUGAUGUCGUGAUUACUUAGCUAGAGUUUUACAAUUUUUCAACGAAAAGUGAAGUAUGUAUACGUAUUAAGUACUAAUCAGGAUGUGUUUAUUGCAUUUAUGUUGUCUCAUUUGUCUUCCAUAUAAUUUAUUUCAUUUGCUCUGUGCCAAAUAGGUAUUCAGUACUUUUUUAUGUUACUGUGUUUACAAUAGACUGCUUUUAGAUGAUUUAAUGAUAUAUUUAGUUACAAAAUUGUUGCAAUAUUAAAGAUUAAUAUAUUUAUAAUUUUAUUUAUAUUUUAUCUAUUUAUUAUAAUGUGUAAUAUUUUUAAUAAAAACUGUUUUUAUUUA